AAAAAACCUAGGCGUAAUUUGAAGGCCGAUUCUCCUAUCGUACACAACUUUAAUUCCUGAGUUGACGCAUCUGAAGUCCGUUCCAAUUUUGUAUAAAGCGAUUCUGUCGCCCUCGCUCUCUUCACUGAUAGUAGAGACCUGGCUUGCUCAUCCACAAUCAACUCACACAUCUUCCGAACGUUCCGAAACGAAUCAGAAACUCGGAAGAGCUACAUCCUAGCAUAACUGCAAGGGGUGCCAAAAACCCUUGAUACGACCUAUCGCUGUCUUCGAGCUACCAAGCUUCCUCGAGCUAUAGAAGCUUCUUUACGCAACUUCUCCUACCUAAGCUUGCACACGAACACACCAAAUCUCUGAACAAAGCGAUAAUGCCUACCCUCGUCGUUCUGGGUGCCGGCCUGGCUGGCCUGCCCAUUGCACACCAUGCUUUGAAGCAUACGGUGCCGUUGGUAAAGGACCUGAAGGUCGUCUUGGUGACGCCCAAUUCCGAGCACUACUGGAACCUCGCCUCCGUUCGCGGCGUCGUGCCGGGCCAGUUUGGCGACGACGUGCUCUUCCACCCCAUUGAGCCGUCAUUCGCAAAGUACCCCAAGGAAAGCUACGAGGUCAUCAUCGGCAAGGCCGAGCAGCUCAACGACGACAAGAAUACCGUCGACGUGGUGGUCAACGACGGCAGCCGCAGGUCAAUCGCCUACGAUGCCGUCGUCAUCGCGACCGGCACCCGCGCCAAGGAGAGCAUGCCGUGGAAGGAGGUCGGCACGACGGAGGAGACCAAGAAGGCACUCGGCGACAUUCGCCGACAGCUUUCCGACGCCAAGAGCAUCGUGGUCGCCGGCGGCGGCAUCACGGGCACCGAGACGGUGGGCGAGAUCGGCUUCGAGUACUCGCAGAAGUGCAACAAGGACGUCUACUUUAUCUACAACGACGAGUUGCCCCUCGGCCCCCCCUUCACCGACAGCGUACGCAAGGCGGCGCUCAACGAGCUGCAGAAGCUCAACGUCAAGACGAUCCACAACACAAAGGUCACGAGCGUAAAGACCGAUGCCAACGGCCAAAAGACGCUCGAGCUGACGGACAAGAGCGGCAAGAAGACGACGCUGCAGACGGACGCAUACCUGCCGACCGUCGGCGACAUCCCCAACACCUCGUUCCUGCCGUCCAACAUGCUCGACCCGCCCGGAUACGUCAAGCAGGACAACAGCCUGCGCGCGACCGGCCACGACAACAUCUUUGUGGUGGGCGACGUUGGUAACCUCGAGGGCGGGUACGGGCGGCUGGCAGACUUGCAGGUGCAGCACGUGGUGAAGAGCAUCCAGGCUCACUUCACGGGCGCGCCGAGGCCGGCGCCGUACGUUGUCGACCCAAAGGUAGUGGCCGGCAUCACGAUUGGACGGAGCAGGGCGACUGGCCAGAUGGGAACGUGGAGGUUGCCCAGUAUCAUUAUCUGGAUGUUCAAGGGCCGGUAUAUCGGCACCGACUACGCUAAGGAUUUCGCUGCGGGUUCAAGAACCAUGACGGUCGCCAAGAACUGGUAGAAAAAGAGAGAAAGAGAUAAAGAGAUAAAGAGAUAAAGAGAUAAAGAGAUAAAGAGAUAAAGAGAACCGGCUAAUGGUAGAUGCAUAAUUGGGUGUUCAGGCGCUUGGGAUAAGGGGAAGGGGGGGAAGCCCUUCGUAAUGUAGGGCUGGCAGGCUGCUUCAGCGAAUCGAGCCCGUGGAGUCCAACAGUCUUGGCUUUUGGUGUUUUCGGUGUCGUUCCGCGUGGCAAUGGAGCUCUUUGAAAUCUCUGGUAUGAUGGAAUUCCUCGACUGGUUAGACUAGACGGGGCUGAAUGAUAAUCUUAUUCCUGAG